CGUGGGACUCUGAGAGAUUACGAUAACUUGAUAAAACUGAUAAGAUAGGUACUCAUAUUUUUAACAUCAUAUCUAGAACACGCGGUCUAAGCGUCAGUGCUACGAGGAUACUCGUAUGAAGAGUCUCAUAACUUCUAGUCAAUCGCCGUACAGUCUUUUGUUUUCACGGCGAUCUUGAACGUAUCAAACUUUUUUUGAGAUUUUGUGGUGGUGUUGUGAGGUGAGAGGGCAAGCUGCUGGAUGGAAUAGGAGUGAAAGGGAGGCGAGAUGUGUAUCGGCGCGCGAGCGGCGCACGCGCUGCAGCAUGUAAACCUGCUGCUCGUGUUGUUCGCCGGCGCCGCUCUAUCCACAGGCGCUCGCCUCCGCUGGGACCCGACCCUCUACAUUGCGAUCCGAGAGCUGCUUCCGUUCGAGUACCGACUGCUGGCGGGGGCGUUACCGUCUGCAGGGGUCGCGUUACUGGCCGCGGCACAUCUUGCCAUCGUGGCCUCCCAACACAGGCCCAAGCGGAUCCUGCUUUACACGUAUGCAGGCCUAAUGACCCUCGGGAUAGCACUGGAGAUAGCACUCGGGGUCUGGGUGUAUUGCCGCAUAGUGACCUUCUUGAAUUCCCCUGAGGCCGAGGAGAUGGCGCACAUCCUGGCCACGAAGGAGCACCUGGAUCCCCUGCUGCAGCAUUUGUCGCGAUGGUACAAGAUACCGGAGCAUCUUAGUGCGCUUGUCAAGGAGGCAGAAGCCGACGCCCCUUGGAACGGCUACGUGUCCGCCGCAGCGCUGGCAGCACUCUUCCUGCUCCAGAUCCUCGCCGUGGUUUUCUCAACAAUGGCGGCGCGCGCGCCGGUUAACGACAAACAUCACGCGCAUACAAAGUACACAAACGGGGGGCUGUCUGCCAGUCGGGUGUCGCUUGUGGAUUCUAUUAGAAGCAGCGUGAGCGGCCGCAGCAGGAGCAACGUGAACGUGGUCCCGCAGACUCCGGGCAGCGUGAGGAGUUAUCGCAGCGGCCGGAGCGGCGAGUACGCGCCGCUCAAGGCUAAAUACAAGAACGGGGUUCUUGUGCCGAUAUGAAAGAAAGUA